CCCGCCUUUUCGGCGCCACCACCUUCUUGGAAAUGAGUUAGGGCAAAGGGGAGUGGGCUUAGCACCCCCACGUCCCCCAGCAGUCCCCAUAAAAGCAAGUGAAACUGGGCCCCAGACACCAGAGCCAGUCCUAGACCCAAGAGCGGGACAGCCAGACGGACGGCACAAUGGUCCUGAACGCGCACAUCCGGGUUGCCUGUCUGCUGCUCCUUCUCCUGGCCAGCCUGACCACUGGCUCGGUUUUUCCGCACCAGACAAGGCAGCUUGCAGACCUCCAGACCCAGGACACAGUUGGAACAGUGGGAGCUACAGCCGGCUUGAUGCCCGGGCUCCACCAGCUGAGGCGGCGGGACACCCACUUCCCCAUCUGCACCCUCUGCUGUGGCUGCUGCAAGAAAUCGAAGUGUGGGUGGUGCUGCAAGACCUAGAACCUUUCGGCCCUGCCCAGGCCUCCCUUCCUUAUUUAUUCCUACCCCUCCAGCACUCUGUGAAUGGUCUCUGAAUAAAAUGGCUUGUUCUCUCUUGUUUUCCAAA